AUGGGUGGUGCGCAGACAAGUAUCGCGGAUGACUCAUCUGUUCCACCGGCUGAUCAAGUGCCUGAUGCAACGUUUGAGGCAGUAGCUUUGGUGACUCUUCCAUUUUGCGUGGUUUUGUUCAUCUUUUCACUGUUCUCCCGAUCGACGGAUCCCAAGCGAUGGCAUAUGCUGAAUCUCUCGGCUUGGAUGUUUUGGCAACUGGUUCUUUACUCGAACAUUGCCGAGCAAUCACCGUUGAGAAAUUUCUUGCAUGACGAGUCGAUUUGGCUAUCGAGCGAACAGUGGCUGAUGCUCAACAUGAGUGUUAUUUCAACGGGCCUCAUCUUACUUUACUUGGAAUCGCUCAUCAGCGCCAUUUUAUGUGUUUUCUUGGUGAAACCUCGUGAAACGUUUCGCCGAUUUUACACUCUCGUUUGGUUCAUUUUGAUGCUAAUCGUGCCAAACAUUGCACAAGGAUAUUGCAUGUAUUUAGAGGUG